AUGACGGACCUGCUCGUUCAUGGCCCUCCCAUUAUUCAAGUCAACACUGUUGAGGAUGGCAAGCUCAAAGCGUCCAAGAGGCCGAGGCCGAGGCCGGCGCCGCUAAAGCUGAAGAAGAAAACAUCACCUUCACACUCCUACAUCCCACCAUUAACCAAGAUUGUCCGGGACGCUAGCAACCUUGUCUUAUCAUGGCGAGAUGGCCUCACCGAGUCGGAACGCGAGGAUAAGAGGCGGACGGAGGAGAGGAUGCAGAUUCUGGCAGCGCGCAUGCACAGCGCUACUUCGCUGCGGGAUUGGAACGCCGCUGCUAAAGAAUUAGAUGCGCUCGAAGGGAAUGACGAAUGGAAGCUCGACGAUGCAAGUGGCGACUACCACCCCCAACUGAUCCGACUCAAGCUCAAGGAGUUGGAUGCUGCCCGGAUCGACUGUGAUAUCAGCACCAUGAUGUAUCUCAUCCGAACAGCCCUCUCGCGAGACCUUGGUGGAAUGGGAAACAUUGACUUGUACCGCCAUUCGUACAUUGGGACCAAGAGCCUCAUCGAACGCUACGUGGACUCGGCCGUCAAAACGAUCGAGGCACUGGUGGAGAAGAGUGCCUACUCGAUCCCGGCCGGCAUGGAACCCCAAGAUUUGCUGGAGGGCAUGCUCUACGCUCGACAGAGUUUCGGAAGGAGUGCUCUGCUCCUGAGCGGCGGAGCAACCUUUGGCAUGUCCCACAUCGGCGUCUUGAAGGCACUCUAUGAAUCCAAGCUGCUGCCGCGCAUCAUCUCGGGUGCUUCGGCUGGUUCAAUUGUUUGUGCUGUUCUUUGUACACGCAAGGACGAAGAAAUUCCCGCCUUGGUCGAGGCGUUCCCUUAUGGAGACUUGGGCGUUUUCGAAGGCGAGAAGGACGGUCUUUCUGAUCACAUUCGACGACUCCUUACCGAAGGGUGCUGGGCCGACAUAUCGAACCUGACCAGGGUAAUGCGCAGCUGGCUCGGUGACGUGACAUUCCAAGAGGCCUACAACCGGACAAGAAGAAUAUGCAACAUUUGCGUGUCUUCAGCUUCGAUUUACGAGCUGCCUAGGCUGCUCAACUACAUCACGGCCCCAAAUGUCAUGAUCUGGUCAGCCGUAGCAGCUUCGUGUUCGGUUCCUCUCGUCUUCCAGGCUGCCUCUUUGCUAGUCAAAGAUCCAGCAACCGGUGCCCAUGUGCCCUGGAACCCAACACCACAACACUGGAUUGAUGGCUCGGUGGACAAUGACCUGCCCAUGACCCGACUUGCCGAGAUGUUCAACGUCAACCAUUUCAUCGUCUCACAGGUCAACCCACAUAUCGUUCCUUUCCUCUCCAAGGACGACCGUCUUUAUCCGGCGACAACCCCAGGAAAGCUUCGUCAGCAGAAAGAAUCCCCAGACAGCGGGGCCUGGCUAGACACGCUCACAACACUGGCCAAGGAUGAAACACUCCACAGACUCCAGUUCAUGACAGAGUUGGGCAUCUUUCCCAACCUGUUUACCAAAUUGCGCUGCAUCUUAAGCCAGAAGUACUCGGGGGAUAUCACCAUUCUUCCCGAGACGGCUGUGCAUGACUUGCCUCUGAUCUUGAAGAACCCCACACCGGACUUCAUGAUGCGCAACUGCCUGAUUGGUGAGAGGGCAACCUGGCCUAAACUCAGCCGCAUCCGUGAUCGACUGGCUAUUGAGCUGGCGCUGGACCAGGCCGUUCACAACCUGAGGGCCCGGGUGGUGUUCAGCAAGAGCCAGGUAGAGCUUCGUCGUCUUGUGGGAGUCUCAGAGCCGCAGGGCCCGACGAGAAGAACACUUCACAGCAGAGGUAAAAGUGUUGAGCUCACGACCGGAGGCUAUGCACGUUCUAGUUAUACGCCUUGUGACCAAGAGCCAUCAUCUGGCGAAGCGACUCCUGUAAGAGCUUGGGACAGAAGACGCCGCAGUUCUGGUGGUAGCAUCCAACUGCUGGCGGCCAGACACGAGAAGCUUUUCCAGAAUAUGCAGGAUAUGGAGGACGAGUGGACGGACAAAGAGUCGGAAGAGGAUGAAAAACUAGAGAUGAGCCUUCGUGGCCGGAACAGGAUGCACCGGGCCGGUACACGACGUCCUGGUAGCAAAACACGUGCUACCAGCAGACCCCGUACGAGGAGCAAGCCACGACUCAAGCGUGCUAGCCAGAGCCACGGUAGCUUGCGUGCUGGACGGCCCGUACAUCACGAUUACUCCCAUUCGCCCGGGAUACUAUUAUAUGACUUCGCAAAGCCUCUAUCUCCAAGUCAUGCGGGAGACGACUCGGCAGUGGCAAUGGAGGAUUUCAACGUUGACGACCCGCACAAAGAAUCGCAGGUGGCUAUUACCCCGGUCGGCAUCAAGAUCGUGAGAUCCUCCCCUCCAAGAAACAAUCAUCAUUCAGAUGCGGAUGUCGACAGCGAUUCGGACCCCUAUCACAGCGGCUCACCACGAAAAGACUCCGUGCUAUAG